CUGGGGUCCUUGCUGAGCAGUUGUGCUGAAGACAGCUUGUUAUGAGACUCGUGCCAUCCCCCCACUGUUCUGUCCCACCACAGAUCCUGACAGACCAGAGUGUAACUCCCUGCCACAAAGCUUUGCCCUGCCCCCAGGACACAGUAUGGAAGCCAUUGCCAAGUUUGAUUUCACUGCAUCUGGAGAAGACGAGUUGAGCUUCCAGGCUGGGGAUAUGUUGAAGAUUUUGAGCUCCCAGGAAGAGUGGUACAAGGCUGAGCUCAGAAGUCACGAGGGCUACGUUCCUAAGAACUUCAUUGAUUUCCACGUUCCCCCCUGGUUUGAUGAGAAGAUAUCCCGCCACGAGGCAGAGAACCUUCUCAUGAGCAAAGGAGUCGGCUGCUUCAUCGUCCGGGCCAGCCAGAACUCUCACGGUGACUUCUCCAUCUCUGUCAGGCAUGAAGAUGAUGUGCAACACUUCAAAGUGAUGAGGGAUUCAAAGGGCAGCUAUUACUUGUGGACAGAGAAAUUCCACUCGCUGAACAAGCUGGUGGACUACUACAGGACAACUUCCAUCUCCAGGCAGAAGCAGAUCUUCCUAAGGGACAACAGCCAAGAAGAACAGGAGAGGCGGGGUGGCAGCCUGGAACGGAUAGGUCGGGAAGGAUUCCACAUGGGAGGAGCAGCUGGGGAAGAUCAUUCUUCUGUAUCCAAGAGAUAUGUAGAGCAUCCUGUUCCCAUACUGCAGCAGCAACAGGAAAGGCAUGGUGGGAGUCUGGACAGGAAAGACGUGAUGCACAGACUGAGGGAUCAUGGCCAAGGAAGUGCAGGAGCUAUGCAACGGAGACACACAGACCCACUGCACCAGCAGACACCACGAGCGCUGUGGGUGCGCGCCCUGUACGACUUCGAGGCGGUGGAGCACGACGAGCUGGGCUUCCGCACUGGGGACAUCCUGGAGGUCCUGGACAGCUCCAACCCAUCCUGGUGGAAAGGACGCCUGCGUGGGGAGCUGGGGCUCUUCCCUGCCAACUACGUCACACCAGUGCUGCUCUGAGGGCACAGCAUGGAGCUGCUCCGUUCUUGCCACCAGGACACACACUGUUUAUUGUUUUGUCUUAAUUUAUUGGCAAUUGGUCUUUUGAAAUGUAUGAAAGAGAACCCUUUGAAGAAUAUUUUUUUCCCCCCUAUUUUUCACAGCCACGAUGAGGAGGGAGCAAAAAUCUUGGACUGUUCAUUAAGACUUUGCUGGUCCUCCCUGCCCUGUCACCUCUUUGGCUAACUGUUGAUAAGCUCCUGAAAUUAGGUUUAUUCUGUAGAAAUGCCCUUCAGGAAAGUCAGGCUUCAGGUUAACUUCAAGUUCAGUAUUCAGGUAGCCCUAUCCCUUAAUUUUGGAUCUGGUAGCAGUCAUGGUCUCUUCAGCUCCAUUCCACCUUUCUUUCAGAGGCAGGAGGGAUGCAUGUGAAUUAAAUGAUCCUUGGCAACUACAUUAAUCCUUCAGUUAGGGAAGGAAAGUAAAGGAGCUUUAGGCUGAAGUUGAGGCAAUCUAGAUUUUUCUUAAUAGUUCCUGGCUUAUCCAUCUCAUACUGCAUAUGUGGGCUGUAUGGAUGGAUAUACCAGAUGAAGGGAAGGAAUCCUGUAAGCUUUCAUACAAACAUACAAGUGGUGAAGGUAUGGGAGGGCAAGAAGCUUUCUUUGCUUCUUCUCAUAGGCCUGCUCUUCUUUCUGCACCCUACAAAAACUUACCCAUUUUCAAGCUGCUCUUUUAGGUACCUACACUUCAGCUAGAUGGCUUGAUUAGAGCAGAUCAGGCCCUUCAGCUAAAUUAGUAUCCACUGGAUUGGAUAACAAUUAAUAUCCCUCACUGGUUCUUUUUGUAGAACUGAGCUGGGGAGGGAUUGGAGAGGUUUCUCUGGUUUGGUGGCAGAAGUUCUUUCCCUGAGAAUUUGUUGUGUUGAGGAUCACCAUGUAUACAGCUCUGGCUUACUAGAGAAAUGUCUCAUCCAACAGGUUAAGCUGUUCUUUUACAGUAUGCAGAGAAUAAAGCUGUAGCCAUCAAAUAGUCUGUUCUCUGUUCCAGUUUCUUUUGGAUAAAAUAAGGUAAAUUAAUAGGUUUUCGAAUAACUGCUGAGUGAACGCCCAGAUGUGAUAGAAGCCUGUUGCAAAUGCACAUUACCUGUCCCCUUCACAAACCCUGUGAAGGGGAUUCUACUGCAUAACCACUGCUCAGGCAUGUUGAUAUUAAACAAGCUGCCUGAAUUUUUCACAACAUGUGGGACCUCAGCAGUCAGCAAAGAGAAAUGAUGUUAAAUCAUUACUGAAAAAGAAAGAAUAGGCAAGUGAAAACCUCUAAACACAAAUCAGGCUCAGCAACAAGAAAAAAAAAAAAGAAAAAAAAUUUUUAUCUUUUAUUAGUCCCAGUAGAAGAAAAAGAACCAGGAAAUAUGUUCUUGGUGAAGUCCAAUUCAAUGUAGCUAGCUUGAAUAAAGCUGCCAGCUAGACAGAGUAUUAGCACAAAGAACCCAUUUUGAGAGAACUCCACCAAAAGCAGCUUGUUAAUGGGUGAAGUAAAAUGAGAAUAUUUAACAAGACACGUAAGCUCUAAAGAGAACAGAAAACUUUGAAAGACACAUCAAGAACUUUCUGGCUGCCAUGGUGGUCCAGGGAACACGACUGUGGCCCUGUUCUGUUGCAGGAUCUCUGUUCUGCCCUUUAGUGUCUUCUUCUGGAGGGAAGCCCACGAGGCUUCUUUUGGAACACUAUCCCUUACCAUCUGUAUGAGGAUAUAAACUCAGUGACUCCAGUUUGAAGAGUGUUUUGGUGUCAUAUGUCCUUUUUUAACCUUUUUGUGUGCUAGAUGGUUUUCUGCUAAGGCAAUAACAAAUUUGGAAGAGAGAGGGUUAAUACUCAGUGAGAGAGACUGAGAGUAUUAAGGCCAGGAGGAGAUGAAGCCAAGAAGCCAGAGACUAACAAAGGCAAAGGAGGGAUAAAAAUGAUGAAUCUUUUAUAUUCAGCUCUGGCUGAAACAAAAGAAAUGGUGUAUUCACAAUUAUUCCCAUCAUGUCAAAUCAUCUUUCAAUUAAUUCUUUUUUUCUCUGUAUAAGUUACUUUUAAAAUUAGAAACAAUGUCUCCUUUUCCUUUCCUCAGCACCCUAAAGACCCUCUUGGUAGUGAAGAUGUAGUUGCACAAAAUUAAUUGAAGAUAAUGCACUUAGCAGUUUGAUAGCUCUUCAUGCAUUUGAAACCCCUUUACAGAGAUUAACUAAUUAAGCAAGUCUAAGUAGUGCAUUGUAAGUACCCCCAUGUUAACUCAUGAUUCAUUUGAGGAAGAGGUAAGUUUUCACGUGAUUUUUUAAAUUGAUGUUUAAGGAACUAAUACCUAAGGUAAUUAGCAUUAAAGGACUGCACACUAAUUAUGGACAGCAUACCAGAACCACAGUAAAAUCAGGAUUUCUCAUUAUGAGCGGCACCUAAUGACAGCAAAAUUACCAGGAGAUGACAGGCUCAGGGUGUCUGUGAUAACUCCACAGUGCCUUGCUCUGCUGCCCCGUGCAGGGCUGAGCUCAGGGUGCCUUGCCCAGUCUCUCUUGCCUCUGCUUUUGGCCUUGCAGCACUGCCUGCAUUUACUGCACGUUGCAGGAGCUGGGAGGCACAGGUGUCAGCCUGCAUUUUUGCACCCUCCCACAGUCAAAGUCAUUUUUCUGCCAGCAAAACAGCUGUGCUAAGGAUUGUGGCUGUUCCCAAGUCAGUGGAGACUCUGGAUACAAGGGGAGGUGUGGGCAAAGCAGUGCAUUUUGGGGGCAUAGAAGGAGCUGUAGGAUAGAGACAUUUUUUGUACCCCAUGCCAUUUUCUGCCCAUGAAAUUCUCUCUCUCAUAGAUCAGGCCACUUACCAAGGAAAGAGAGAGACACUCCUCUCCUCUAACCAUAUACCCUGCCAACCUUCCUGCUCUUCCUUCCAACAGGUUUUAAUUGUAGCACAAUCUUUGUUAAUAUUGUGGUGAUUCACUUGCACCUCAGAGUCUAUUAGCCAUGCAAGAAGCACAUAUUAGCAGCUAGGACUGGAGCCUUAAGGUGACAGUGCUGCACUGAGCUCACCUGACAUCUGCCAAUGUUUUGGAAGGAGCCAAACCUCUGGAACAUAUCCCAAGAGAGUCCACCAUGAAACCAAAAUGGGAAGGGAUAAAGAGAAAAACUAGAAGAUUAUUUGUUUCUUAUUUUUCUUAAGCAAGGAGGUUCAUGAGAACAGAGAAUGUAAACUGAGAUAAAAGUAGGAAAAGUAUGUGGGAAGGCAAGUCUCAUAACAAAUGAAGCAGAGGAAGCUGAACAUGUACAUGAUAAAAUAAGUUUGAUGAGCGCAGCUGAGCUGUGCUUUCUCCUGUCUGAAUGAACUUUUUGCCUAUGUUCUGCUGCAAAUCCAUAUUUUGCUUGGAAAUGUCUCUGUGAUUAAUAAGGCUGAGCUAAAAAGAGUAAAUGGAAAUUUCCUUUCAUGUGAAA